AUGCCAAAACAAGUCAGAAAAAAUAUACCCCCAAGACCAUCGCAAAAACUUGAUCAGCUCUCAAGCCGCCUUUCCCAUACUCUAUACCUACUCCACUCUGAGGCCAGAUUGGUUCCAUCUCGGAAUUGCUCUCUUAGAAAAAGAAAAGGUCUACUCGCCAAAGCCAAGGAGGCUCACGGACGCAAGACCAAAACAAGACUAGCUCCAAGAAGAAAACUCGAAAGAAGGGUCGUACUCAGCCGAAUUCGUCGAGAAAAUAAUGGAAGUUUGCCAUCGACAGUCAAUCAAACAAGGAAGCCUCGAAGAGAAGCUCCUGUGGUCAUAAACUUAGUUUCAGAAAGCGAGGAUACAGAAAUCGAGGAACUAGAGAGCGAGAAUCACGAAAGUGAGAAUGAGAAUAGGAGUGAGGAUGGUGCUGAAGAAGGUAAAAAGAUCACCAGGUCAAUUUCGAGCGAUGUAAGAAAGACCCGAAGUAUUUCAGUUGUUGCAAACGGUUGGAGUCAGGCACAUCCGCAUCAGCAUAGUAGCGAAACUACAGAUGAUGAAGAAAAAGAAGACCGCUAUGUUCCAGUUAAGAAAUAUACAGCAAAAAUUAAGUGUCUGCCGCCCAAUGAAGAUAUGCCUGAAAGACACAAGGGCAGUAACACUGCUACCAGAAACGAAGAAGAUCGAUACAGUGAAGAGGGCGACGAUAGCGAGGAGGAAAAGGUUAUUCGUUCUGCGCUUUCAGAAUACACAGGAAAUUCACUCAACCUUCCGAUCGCUAAGGGCACGGUCCCUGGACCCAAGUAUGGCAGAGAGCUUGCAUUGGCACUUCAACAGCUAGAAGAAGACACUAUUUUAACUUCAAAGAAUUCAAAACAAGCACCUCAUUUCAAGAAAUGUCAUAGCAAUAUGACUCAAAGAGGUGAAGGAUACAUUAGUGGACAAAACCUUAUGCCGAAGAUUCAACAAGGAAACACGAGCAUUACCUCAUCGUCAACACCAGAACUCAAAACGAAGGGCCUCUCACACAAUAAAGAGAUCAUCAAUCUGGGAGUCAAGCGCGGAAGAAACGGCAUGCCGAAGAUACCAGAAGAUGUGGAAGACAGUGGAACCGAAGAUGAAGAGGAAACAGGAGAGCCUGCAAUUUUUCCCGCACAGUCACAUUCGACUCCCUCAAAAAACACAUCACCAGCACAUGCCAGCAUGGCUCUACGGUGCAAACGGAAGUUGGACACCAUGCCAAGUAGUGCAAAAAAUCAGGAAAAUAAGGGGCAGCCAAAACAUUCCACCAAUCUAUCUUCUCUUUUGUUAGAUGGAUCAGGAUCGAAGCACCAAAAGACAGCGGCGGUCGACUCGCCCAACGAAGUGAAUAAUAAAAUCGACGGAGUGCUCCAGGUUGAGUCUAUGAAUAAACCCAUCUUAGAGAAAGUUACAAAUCAUCGUUUGUCUAGAGAAACUAUCAGAACCAAAUCAGCAAAGUGUUUCGCCGAUCUUCCAGGUUUGGUAAUUCGUCAAAUCGUCGAUACCGUUUGUGAACAGGAAGAUGGAAAGCUCAUCUCUUCAAUAUGCUUCGGACUCACCUGUAAACUUCACUGGGCCUUUUUCAAAGCCCGAUGGUGUCCCCAGGGCAGUGAUACAAUCUACGAGGGAUACCUACCCAAAGAAGACCAAGUACUUCUAGCACCUUCGCUACAGAAUUGGGUUCCGGAAAGAUAUCGAAUAAUGUCGGGGAAGGAUGGUAAAGGUGGUUCAGGCUUGGUCCCCAUGUUUCUUUCAAAGAAUCAAUACGGGGAGGGGUAUACGAGAGAAGAAAAAAGAUUGGAGAAAAGAUACGUUGCCUGUCUCUCCAUCCUCGAUGCUACAAAUCUAGAUGGUCUGCAGCUAAAGUCCAGCCGCGGCUUACAUGCGAUGAUAGAUAACACGAUUGGUUUACCAAGCCCGUAUGAAAUGGGUCAUUCUUGGUACGACGCUAGUGCCUCUGAAUACUUAUUUCUGGUUGAGGAAUGGGAAUAUUCAACAUUAAAUGGUGACGGUCCUGGAUUCAAAGCCAUUUGUGAGUCGUGGCAUACUUUUCAAGAUACCUGUCUGUGGGACUGGGUCAGUGGGAAUAGUUUUAAUCAGUUUCAUGAAGAUUGGAUGGACGACGAGGGAAUGAAAGGAAGGCAAGAGGUCAAGAAGACUUUACUCAAGUUUGACAAGAAGGUGAAACAUUUUGAGGCAAAUAAUCGCGAUUUGGAAGAUACGAAUAUCGCUGGUGCUGUUAAUGAAACGAUGGUGCAGGAUAUCACCCAGGUUCUAUGA